AUGAUUCGCAAGGUGCCGCUAAUUGUGAUUCUCGGCUCCACGGGCACCGGCAAGACGAAGCUCUCCUUGGAAUUGGCCCAACGCUUCGGUGGCGAGAUAAUCAGCGCCGAUUCCAUGCAGGUCUACACCCAUUUGGACAUUGCCACGGCCAAGGCCACCAAGGAGGAGCAGUCGCGGGCACGACACCACCUGCUGGACGUGGCCACCCCGGCGGAACCCUUCACCGUCACCCACUUUCGCAAUGCCGCUCUGCCGAUCGUGGAGCGCCUGCUUUCCCAGGCAUCUCCUCCCAUUGUAGUGGGCGGCACCAAUUACUACAUAGAAUCCCUGCUCUGGGAUGUCCUGGUGGACUCGGAGGAGAAGCAAAGUGAAGGGAAACCUUUGGAGGAGUAUCUGAAAGCUUCCGAUAUGGAUGACAUGACUACCCAGGACCUACAUCACCACCUGACCAAGAUAGACGCCGGUAGCGCCAACCGUAUCCAUCCCAACAACCGGCGAAAGAUCAUCCGGGCCAUCGAAGUCUAUCAAAGCACCGGGCAGACUUUAACCCAGAAGUUGGAGGAGCAGCGAGCACAGCCAGGUGGAAACCGCCUAGGCGGACCCCUUCGCUAUCCCCACAUCAUCCUUUUGUGGCUGCGCUGCCAACAGGAGGUGCUAAAUGCCCGCUUGGACUCCCGAGUAGAUGGAAUGCUGUCCCAAGGACUCCUCCGUGAACUGCGACAGUUCCACAAUGCCCACCAGGUUACCACCAUUAAGGCCUUUACCUCCGGUGUCCUGCAGACCAUUGGUUACAAGGAGUUCGUUCCCUACCUGCUGAAAUAUGACCAGCAGCAGGAUGAACAAAUAGAAGAGUACCUUCAGUCUCAUAAUUACAAGCUACCAAGUGAAGAAGAACUGAAAGAAGAGGGUCUUCCCGAAGGCCUCGAUCUCUUACGCAGUUGCUGCGAAGAACUUAAGCUGGUAACAAGGCGUUACUCUAAGAAACAGCUGAAGUGGAUUAACAAUCGGUUCCUGGCCAGCAAGGAUCGUCAGGUGCCAGAUCUCUUUGAACUGGACACCAGUGAUGUGGCAGCCUGGAAGGAGGAAGUAUAUCAGCGGGCAGAGACCAUCAUAGAGACCUAUCGGAAUGAGGAGAUAUGCGAAAUUAAGCCAAUGUCUAAAAGGGAACAUCCUGGAGCGGAUUUGGAUGAGGAGACCAGCCACUUUUGCGGCAUUUGCGAACGUCACUUCAUCGGGGAGUUCCAAUGGGGACUGCAUCUCAAGUCCAACAAACAUAAGCGCAGGAAGGAGGGGCAGCGAAAGAAGGAGAGGGAUCCACUUCAAGCAAAGAAGCAAAAGGGAGAGGAGGAGGAGAAGGAGGAGGAGGAGGCUCAGCCAAGUCAAUGA